CAUCGCGUAACCCCUUUGGGGAUGCCUCUUGCACACAGGGGGAACCACAACAGGUGAGCCGCUACAAAUGAACCGCCCAGUCGCUACAGGCGAACCGCUCAAUCGCUACAGGCGAACCGCUCAAUCGCUACAGAUGAACCGCUCCAGCGCCGUCGUCCACCUGAAAGAGCUCGGAGCGAGGAACGCCCCCACCCGGUGGGGCUUCAAAUCGGGGGGCGCCCGUCUCGAGGGCCUCCUCUUGGGAUGGGCAAACGUCCAAGGGAGGAGGUCCGGAGCGACCCUUGGGCAUCUCCCUGACAGGAGGAAGAACGUGUUAGACAUCUCCACAAGUGAGGAAGUGAUCCGCAGGUACAAAAGAGCGAACAUAAAGAAAAUACUCAAAGGGGGUAGCAAACCGGGUGGCAGUCAAGGGGAUGGGGCAAGCGUGGCGGAAUGCCAUCGGGAGGAGCCGCCCCACUUGAUGGGCCCCCUCAUUCGGGUUCCCCGCUUGGAAGAAAAAGGAACACUUGGUGGGGAAUACAAAAAAGGGACGUACCACCCAUCAAUCAUUCGAAAAAGCACUCCUGAUGGAGACACAAGGGGGCUGCACAAAAGGGGGGAAGAAACAGCUGCUCCGGAUGAACAGGUGAAAGAUGCGGUGGAUAAAUUAUUCGCCUCCAGGGAAAAGAGAAAAAAUAUGAUGAAGAGAAUCGUUUUUAAAAACUGCUACGAUUAUUUGGAGCUUAUUCACAAACAUGAGGAGGAAAGGGGUAGGGACGAUGAAAGGUAUUAUAAUUGCCUGAACGGUGCAGGUAAAAAUGGGUAUACCUUACCUAUGAGUGAAGGGAAAGUGCAAACCGAGGGGGAGAGCCCCUUAUAUGGUAGCACCCCCCCCAUCGAUGAUGGCCACCUGUUCGAGGUGGAAAACGACGCCAGCAGUGACGCAAACGUGAAGGUUGGCUUGAUCCCCCCAGAGGAAAGUCCCAGGAUGAACGUUUCUAUCUUUUCCGAGGCAGGCAGAAGAGACAUCCUGGAGAGUUGCAAAAGGAGAAGGAACAUGCAAAGCGAAAUGAACAGGAAUAGUGACGCGAGGAAUCUGUUUAAUAGGGAUGUCUAUUUUUGGCUGAAGCGGAAGGUGCACAGGUCCGUGGGGUGGCAGCUAACCGCUGGGGGGUUGCGCCGCGGCGAGGAGGUCGUCGACGUGACGGAGCUGCCGUGCGUCAGGGGAGAGGCGGACGUAAGUGGCAAUAACAAAGUGCGCAGCAGUGUAAGCGGCGAGGAGGACGUAAGUGGCAAUACCAACGUGGGGAGAAGUGUUAACGGGGAGGAGGACGGAAGGGUGAGUAGCAGCGUGGGGAGAAGUGUUAACGGGGAGGCGGACGGAAGUGGCAAUACCAACGUGCGCAACAUGGACCGCCGAACCGACGGGGAGAGCGCCGCGCCAAACGUGCUGGGGCCUGGGCAGGGGAAGGACCCCCCCAGGGGAACGUACCUGCAGAGGCGCGCGGCGCCGCUCCACUUUUUGAGCGGGCUUGGCGAGCAGGGGGCGCACAUCCAGCAGAGCGGCCAUAAUAGCGGUCAGGAGAACGGUCAGAAGAGCGGCCAGGAGAGCGGCCAUAAUAGCGGUCAGGAGAACGGUCAGAAGAGCGGCCAGGAGAGCCCCCAUAAUAGCCGCCGUGGGAGCACCCAUAAUAACCUCCGUGGGAGCAACCCUUCGAGUGAGCAGACUUACCGCGAGGCCUACGCCGGCAUCGUGGACAGCAGCGCGAACGUGUUCAAGCAGCUGCGAGAGAACUACGAGCUCUUCAAAGAGAAGGACCUGUCGCCAACCCUCCUGCAGAGCUGCGAGCAGUUCGUCGGUUACUACUAUGGGAUCGAGAAGGAGCAAAAGGUUAAGGAGUUGAAAAAGUACAAAGAAAUGAAUUUCUACGAAAUGGUAAAGGAGGGAACCUUCACCAUUGAUGACUACAACGGUCUAUUGAAGAGUCAAAUUCUUUUUAAUAAAGAAGAGGAGGCGUUUCGCAAUUUUAAUUUGUUCAAACGGCACGACAUAAAGGUGAACACAGAGACGUAUAACUGCCUGAUGUAUGCAUCUAUUGUGAAGAGAAAUGCAAAAUUAGGUCGGCUGAUUUACCUCCAAAUGGUGAAGGAUGCUGUGGCUCCAAACAAAAAUACCUAUUGCAUUUUGAUGAAGGCUCAUAUUCUUGACAGCGAUCUUAGAAGUGCCUUCCACUUAUAUAGGAAAAUGCUAAAGGAAGAUGUGGAGGUAGACCUACCCAUUUAUUCUACUCUCAUUGAUGGGCUCAUUAAACACAAGCACUACGAAAGAGCAGAGUCCUUCUUCAAUUACGUAGUGAAUUAUAGGAAUGUCACACCAGAUGAGGUACUUUACACCAUCAUGAUUAAGAAGUGCGCCUACAAAGGAGAGGCCGAGAAAUGCCUCAAUUUCUACCACGCCAUGAUUAGCAAUCAUAUGAAAGUGACAGAUGUAACUCUCAUUGAGGUUAUUCAUUGCCUGUCCAAGAGGAGAGAUUACUUCUCCCAAGUUUUUCACUUUUAUAACGUAUAUUUGGCCAACGAAAUGCGGGUGAACCACCGGGUGGUGCUUUACCUCAUCGUGGCUUGCUCCUCUACGGGGAAUGUAAAGCGGCUCAAGGAGGUUUUGAAGAGCGCCAACCGCCACCGCGUCAGGGUCACGGAGGAGAUGUGCUGCUACGUCAUUCGCACCUUUGCCAACGACUGCCGCCGCGAGGGCGCCACGCUCGCCGAGCGCCACAACAACGUUCGGUGGGCCUGGGCGGUGGUCCACGAGCUGGUGCGGAGAGGGCAAGCGGCAGCGGGGGCAGCGGCGGCGAGUGCCACGAGCGCUGGGGGUGGAGCAGCCAAGUCUGCCAGCGUUAGCACCGCCCAUCUUGGGGGAACCCCCCUCCCGGGCGGCACGAAACUUCUCAACAGCAUCGUCCAGCUGUACAUCCACUGCGACUUCCACGACUACGCCAUCAGCAUGCUCAAGUACUUCGCCCGCUUCGAGUGCCUCCCGGAUGCCCACACCUUCGGACUGCUCUACAGGUUGCUCUUCCACAAAAUGAAAGACUACGGGAGGGUCCUUUGUCUCUACGAUUACAUGGUGAAUCAAACGGAGGUCAGGGCAGAUGAGAAGACGCUCAACCUCAUUCUACGAGCAGCCAUCAAAACAAAGUCCUCAAAAAAUACCCUCCAUAUACUGCGGCAGAUGUACGCAGCUAAUGUGUAUCCCACGGCGAAGACCAUCAAGGAGCUCUUCCACGUAGGGAGACACAUAACCGAAAUACAGUUGCUCAUUAACAGUCUCAUAAAGAAACAGAAGAGAGAAACGUACGAGGAAAAUGCAAAGGAGAGUCAACUGAUACAGCUGAACGUGGAUGAGUAUGAAUUGAAGCUUUUUCGCGAGGGCAAGACGCUGAAGACCAAAUCUCAAUUGGACCUGGUGCGGGAGCAGUUCUUUAGGAGGAAGGAGCGCGUUGAGAAGGACAAGCGCAUGUCCAAGGGGAAGAAGUCCUCCGACUGGCUGCCCUACGGCCAGUACCUCCAGCGCAAGCGCAGGGGCGGCGACGCCUACGCGCGGCGCGUGGACCGCCCGAGGCCCAUCCCCCUCGGUUAG